UUUCAGGGCAAACAUCCUCUCCUGCCCCUGACACUAGCUCUCCUAGCUCUCCUGCCCCUGGUACGUCCACUAUCGCCGCUGGCACAUCCACUCCUGCUCUUGGUACAUCCAUUUCUGCUCCUGAUACUACCACUUCUGCCCCUGAUACUACCACUUCUGCCCCUGAUACUACCACUUCUGCCCUUGAUACUACCACUUCUGCCCCUGAUACUACCACUUCUGCCCCUGAUACAUCCACUCUUACCACUGAUACAUCGUCUCUUGCCCCUGACACAGUUACUACUCCCCUAG